AUGGAGGGCGUCGAUGGUGGCACCCAUGCUGGAGGCGACGAGGAAGACAAGUUGUUGGACGACAGCUGCACGGCCGUGAUGCGCGUUCAAAAAAAACUGUUGUAUAUCGUCUAUCAUUGCCCAACGGAACCGCCGAAUCGCCGAUCAUGGAAGAGGGAGAUAGAAUCGGAGGAGACCCUUCCGCCGCCGUCGCAGACAGACGCGCCCCAUGGCGGAUCUACAAGAAGCGAGCCGGCCGAAGGAUCACACGGCCGAGAACCACCGCCCGGCGUGGAGGGACGUGGGCGGGAGGAAGACGACGGCGUCGACCGCAUCAGCCACCUCCACGCCGAUAUCCUCGGCGACAUCAUCUCCCUCCUCCCCACCAAGGACGCCGCCCGCACCCAGACCCUCUCCUCCCGGUGGCGCUCCGCCCCGCUCAACCUCGACCACCACGACCUCCAGUGGCCCCGCUACGACGAGCAGGAGCUGGUCACCCUUACCUCCCACAUUCUCGCCUCCCACCCGGGGCCCGCCCGCCGCCUCUCCGUCGGCGUUGCCCACCUCCACCCCCGGCCCGCCGUGGUAGACGCCUGGCUCCGUUCCCCGGCGGUCGACGGCCUCCAGGAGCUCGAGUUCGACAUCGGGGGACUCUACGAGCUCCCGGCGAAUCUCCCGCUGCCGGCCUCCACCUUCCGGUUCUCGGCCACCCUCCGCGUCGCCACCAUCGCGAAGUACCGCGUCCCGGACGACGGCGCGCUCUGCUUCCCCCGGCUCCGGCAGCUUGGCCUUGAGGACGUCGUGAUCUCGGAGGGCUCGCUGCACAGGAUCAUCUCAGGCUGCCCCGUCCUCGAGUCCCUGCUGCUCACCGGCAGGUCUCGCUUCCGCUGCAUACGCAUCAACUCCCCUAGCCUUGUGAGCCUCGGCUUGCGCGUUCACACCGGGGAACUCAUCAUCGAACACGCACCUUUGCUUGAGAGGUUGCUCCAGCUUGAGUACCCAAACUGGAGACCGUAGACUGCCUUUGUGAUCUUGAUUUCUACGCCAAAUUGAAAUCUGAGGCCGCAGAACUUCAGGAAUUGAGCGCCGUUAGCUUCGUUACAGUGGUGGGCGGCGUCAAGAUUCUGGCUAUCAAUAUUCCUUCUCUAAGCAUUGAUAUGUUCAUCGACUUGAUGAGAUGCUUUCCUCGCUUGGAGAAGCUGUACAUCCAGACGCGAAAUGUGUCGGGGCACAAUAGUUUGUGGCACGAUGAUGUUAUCAAAAGCCUUGACAUCCGUCUGAAGACAGUUGCGUUGAGAAAGUAUCAAGGCACAACAUCACAACUUAACCUUGCAACAUUCUUUGUGUUGCGUGCCGAAAUGCUGGAGUUGAUGAUAAUUGAGGGUCGCCACUGUGGCACUAAGAAGUCUAUUAGAGAGCAGCGUAGGUUGCUUCCGUUGGAGAAGAGAGCUUCAAGAGGUGCUCAGUUUGAUUUUACAAGUAGUAGAUGCGACCACUUUAUUCCUCGUAUCAGUCAUCUUCGUGAUUUGUCUAAAACUGAUCUCUUCAAAUGUGAUUCAGAUUGUGCCCCUUGAGUAAGUUGUUCUUACCAAUCUUAUCUCGUGUCAAGUCUAAACCAGGUUAUUUCUCUUGUUUAAUUAAUGAAGUAAUAAUAAUGAGGCUGGCCUAUGACCUGAAA